GGCGCGGCCUCCGGAAGCGAGGGGGCGCUGUGCCAGGCGGCGGCCGUGCGGGGCGGGCGCGCUGCUCCUUCCGCCUCGCGGGCCCCGGAAGCGCGCGUGGCCGCCAUGGCGCGGAAUGUGGUGUAUCCCCUGUACCAGUUGGGUGGCCCACAACUUCGGGUGUUCCGAACCAACUUCUUCAUUCAGCUGGUGCGGCCUGGUGUGGCCCAGCCCGAGGACACCGUGCAGUUCCGGAUCCCCAUGGAAAUGACAAGGGUGGACCUCAGGAAUUACCUCGAGGGCAUCUAUAACGUGCCCGUGGCUGCUGUGCGGACACGGGUGCAGCAUGGCUCUAACAAGAGAAGAGAUCACAGAAACGUGAGGAUCAAGAAGCCGGACUACAAGGUCGCCUACGUGCAGCUGCCCUCCCAGACACCCAGCAAGGAGCAAAAUGGCCAGGGCAGCACCCUCUGUUUCUGGAGCAGCUGCAGCAAGGGGUGGUCAACCUGGGGGACCAGGGACCCCAGACCCGCUUGGAGCCCUGUGGGUGGCCGCAGCCCCAGGAAGGCUGGAUCCGGAGGACCGGCCAACAGGAUCGCUCAGGAUGGAAGUCUUCUACUCAACAGCUUCAGGAGUGCAGAGCCACAAGGCUGCAGGAGCCUGGGUCUCCAGUCACCUGGAGGAGACCCUGCCCACACCAUACUCAGACCACCCUCCCAGAAUGGUGACUGUGCAGAGAUGCACGCAUGUCGGCUGCACCCCACCAUCUUGGGGCACGGAAGUCCUGACCCCACAACCUCAGAAUGGGCCUGUCUGGAGGUGGAUCUUUAAGGAGGUACCAAGUUAAGAUGGAAUCAUUAGGAUGACCCUGAGCCCGUCCAACUGGUGUUUCUAUAAGCGGAGAUCAGAGCACAGACGCUGACAGGGCAACAGCCACGUGAGGACACAGGGAGAUGGCGGGGUCUGCAAGCCCAGGAAAGAGGCCUCAGGAGGAACCCGCCCCGCGGCACCUUGACCUCGGACUCUCUCUCUCACGCUGUGGUACUUUCUGACAGCAGUCCAAGAAGACUGAACUCGUCACCUCCCGCUCCGUUUCCCACCACCUCUGGCCUGCCUGGCCUGUUUCCUCCAGCCUCCCACCCCUCCUCGUCAGCCAGUUGAAAAUGCCCCUUUUCCCAGGACUGGUCUCUCCAUGGGCACCCCUGACCUCCAAAGGGAGUCCCACUGUGCCUCGCUUUGGGGGUAAUCAAGAUUGCCCCUCAGCCUCUCAGGCCCCUCCCUGCUCUUGGGUGCUGGAUGCCCUGGGGACCCUUCACCAAGUCGCCCUGCUGUGGCUCUAGCUGGGCAUGAACAGGUGCUGUCUCCAGAGCCCGAGGUCCUCAGAGGGGCCAGGCCCUCUGUCGUGGGAACAAGGACCCUAAGGCCCGGGAGGGGAGCGGCACACGGAGAACAGGCUGGGGACGUGGGCGUGAGCAGCUGGGCAUGAGCCCUGCCCGCUUUGUCCCCUGGGGAGCCUGGCCUGGGAAGCAUUAGCUUGGCCAGAGUCUCCCUGAUGGGAUUGGAAGCCCAGCCCUGCCUGGGAAGGCGCCUGUGGGCUGAUGGGGAUGGGGUGGCCGGGGCCCUGGGCUUCCAGGGUGCAUGAAGCUCCUGCCCACACAGGGAGUCAGGUUCCUGUCCUGUGCACCUGGAUGCUCCGGGAAGGACUGCCUUGGGGUCUGGCCACGAACUCCACUGGCUCCAGCGCUGCAGCCCCGCAGAAGGUGCUGCAGCACCCGCCCUGCCCAACACAGGCGCGGCUCUGGGGUCUGGCGUGGGCAGGGGAUCUGGCAUGGACCCAUCCUCUUGAGGGCCUCUGGCGUGGUGGGUGGCAGGCUGGGGAGAGGGCUGCUGCCCUCCUUCUGGGCCUCCCAGCCCUACAAGGGUGGCCUGGAAGGUGGGCAGUGCACCCUGGCCUGAGGUCCCAUGGGGAUGCAGCCAGUCCUCUUUAGAAGGGCCCCCUCCACCCCUACCCAUCAGCAUCCAUGGCCCUAGUACCAGGGAAGGAGGCCCAGGCCAUGGGACCCCUGGACCAACCAACCCAGCCAGUUCUGGAGCUACCCGGGGCACCCGAAGAGUAUGUCCCUCUGUUCCCAGGAGCCCCACUUUAGGGCCGUUUCCUGGGCUGACUCCCUGGCCUGCAAGCCCCCAGGUUGCUUACUAAGGCCAAACCCCCACCCAUGCCACUGACCGCCCCUGCUCUCUGUUAUCCAAAGCCCUCAGCUCCCUGUGCCCUCUGGGACACGGGGCCUCCUCCCUACAAGGAAAGCUGGGUCCCAAGCGCGACUCUGGCCUCUCCAUCCUGCCCCCCUGGCCACCCACCCCCUCGCCCUGUUUCUCUGUCCUGCAGGACUUCCUCUGGCUUUAUUGUUUUAAGUUGGUGGUUGGGCCAACAGCCAGCUUCAAUUACACUCCUCGCCUCCUCCUCCUCCUCCUCCUCCUUUGGCCCCUCCUCCACCUCUUCCAGCCCUUUUCUGCCCUAGGCCCAGGGGUGGGCCUUGGGCCACAGCUGACUGUGGUACCCAGGCAAAACAGCCCUAGGAAAAUGAUAACAGAAAAUAAUAAAAAUUAUUUUUCUCUC